AUGAUGCAAAAAGGAAAGAUUGAUUGUCCCAAUGGUUUCGAUGAACAAGAUUGCUUCGAAUUAGAACUAAGCGAAUGUGAUUCAGAUCGAGAAUAUCGUUGUUUAAGUGGUCAUUGUAUACCAAAAGAAUUUUAUAUCGAUCAAUAUCGUGAUUGUCUAGAUCAUAGUGAUGAAUUAUUUGAAC